AUGGCACAAGUUGGUGGGGCCGCUCUGCCUGAUGUAAUAAAAAUGGCGCAAUAUGCUGAAAAGCGCAAGGUCGACGCAAUAAUGACUCUUCCAGAAUUGUACUUUCGACCUAGGACAGCUGACCAUUUAGUGUCGUAUCUAGAAGUCAUCAACAACGCGGCUCCUAGUUUGCCCCUUUUGUAUUAUCACUUUCCUAUGAUGACAGGAGUUAAUGUAAAUGUUCCCGAACUCUUCGCACUUGCAAAGGCUAGAGUGCCAAAGUUCAUGGGCAUAAAAGCUGAUCUAGGAGUUGCCGCCCAAGUAGCCGAUCAGUUGAAUGGAGGACGUGUGGUGUACAUAGCUAAUCAUAUGCUGGCCCCAUCAGCCCUCAUGGGUCAUGACUCCAGUAUCGCUACCGUGAACAACAUGUUCCCAUCGCUAGCGAGGGACAUUAUCAAGUUAACGAAACUCGGUGAUGUUGAAAAGGCCAAGAAACUUCAACAGAAAUUGAACUCCCUUGUUGAUGGAAUCGCCAGUAACGGUGACUUCGUACCUUGCAUGAAAGCAGCCAUGCAAAUAGUGACAGGCAUCAAAGUAGGACCACCAAGAUUACCGCAGGAAGCUCUUAAUGAUGUAUCAAAGAAACGCAUCAAGGAACUUGUGAUGUGCUAUGGGUAUUAA